AUGCAUGAGUAUCAAAAUUACAAACUUGGAACUAAAGAAAAAGAUGAUUUUAUCAAAAACUUAUGGGAUGAUGAAAACAAUAAUUUUGGACAAUUGAGUACUCCACCCGGUCAACACCAAAACAUCCCUGUUUGGCCAACUGCGCUCUAUCCUUAUAAUUAUACUUCACGGUUCAAACACCAAUUAAGCAAUGGUAAAUGCAUUCCAAUUUCAAAAUCUGAUGGGUACACUGAUAUGUCCAAUUUACUACAGAUAUUUCCAAAACAAACGAUCCUUAAUCAAUCAAUGGUCGAACCAGUAAUGUUGUGGUUAAAUUCUAAGAAGCUAAUUGAUUACAAAUGGUUUUUUAUGGAACUUAAUUUCAAUGAAAUUGAAGAAAUCAAUGAGGAUAAUAUAGAAUAUUUUAUAUUUAAGGUUAAUAAAAGUUCUAUGACAAAAGAGGCGCGAAAAAAAAUCUGUUUCGAGACAAAAUUAUUAAGAAAUCGAAAACAGAGAUGUGAAAAUUUGAUAUUGUCUUUGAAUUCAGAGGUUACUCCACAUGAACUGUAUGAGUAUAUUACUUGUAUUCACAACAUACUUGUUUGUCCUAUACCAAAUAAGAACUGUAUUGUCGGUAACCAACACCAACUACAGCAAGACAUAAUGCUAAUCAUGAAAAAAUCGUUACAUCAACUUUACAAUAAAAUAAGUGCAAAAAGGAAACUUUUUAUUUGUGGUCUAUUGGAAAUGUCAGUUAAUAAAUAUUUGAAAUGCACAUCUCUAAUAUCUAGAAAUCUAGCAUUCACAAACGACCAAGUCGAAGAAACAAUCAUUUUUGCUGAAAUGCUGAAAAAUAAAGUACAUGGAAACACUUGUCGCAGUACAACGCUUAAGAUAAUAUAA